AUGGGGUCCAAUUACAAAGCAGCUUCAAGGCUCUCUGAUCUCGAGCUAACACGUUCAGACCUGAAAACCUUACUGAAAGCAACGGCCAAGAUGGAAGAAAGCCUCCGAAAGAUGGACAACAAGUUUGAGGUCAUAGACGAGACUCUGUUGACAUCUUCAAGAAGAGUGGCCCCUUUACAGUCGUUAGCCAUGGCCACCAAAGCCUUGGAGACUAGAAUUAACAGAGCUGUAACUCCAGCUCUUGCUCUUCUCGACAACUUCAAGCUCUCUGAGUCAAUCCAGCACAAGCUGCUCGAGCUCUCGGAGAAAAUGUCAACCGAGAAAUCAAUGAGCAAAAGGCUCAAGAAACUUGUGAAAUAUGUGGAUUGUGUUGAUCAGCUUAAGGUUUCAAUCGAUUGUAUUUGUCAGGAGGGAGAACCAGUGAUCCAGAGGCUUCAGGAGGUGGUGGAGUUCUUGAGCCGGACGAAGGCGACUGAUCAAUACAGGACGCAUAGGUUGAGAGAGACUCUGGUCACUCUCAAGGCUCUGUAUGAAACAGAGGUGGAUGCUAUGAGAUUUGAAGGGUUGCUUGAUGAGGCUCUGCUGAAUUUGCAGGAUGAGUAUGAGAGCAUUUUGGAGCAGAUAAGGCAUCGAAAUGUGGUGGAGUUGCAGGCUGCUGAUAAAGAUGAUGGGGGUGAUGAGAUGGUGAUAAUGGGUUCUGAUUUGGGGACUGAGUUGGAGGUUGAACUUCUUAGAAGGAUUUCACAAACCCUAGCUGCCGAUGAUUGCUUGGACAUAUGCAUCGAUAUUUAUGUUAAGGUGAGAUACAAAAGAGUUGCCAAAGCACUAAUGAGGCUAAACCCAGAGUACUUAAAAAGUCACAGCACAGAAGAAAUAGAUGAAAUGCCAUGGGAGAGCUUAGAGACAGCCAUAACCCUUUGGAUCCAACACUUUGAACUUGCAGUCAAAGCAGUGCUUGUAUCAGAGAAGAAGCUCUGUGAACAAGUACUAGGCGGCAUAAUGGAGGGUUUGAUCUGGCCAGAAUGCUUCGCGAAAAUCGCAGACAAAAUCAUGGCGGUGUUCUUCAGGUUCGGAGAAGGCGUAGCCAGGAGCAGCAAAGAGCCCCAGAAGCUGUUCAAGCUCCUGGACAUGUUCGACUCCUUGGAGAAGCUCAAGCCUGGAUUCUCUGAGGUGUUCGACGGCGAAUCAGGAGCCGACAUCUGCAUAAGAUUCAGGGAACUUGAGAAGCUUCUCAUUCAUGCUUCAAGUAAAGUGUUUUGGGAAUUUGGGCUUCAAAUUGAAGGCAGUUCAGAUGGAUUGCCUCCACCUCCAGAUGGGACAGUGCCUAAAAUAGUAAGGUACGCUGUGAACUACUUGAAAUACUUAGCAACAGAGAAUUACAGUGUCGCCAUGGCCAAGGUUUUAAGAACAGAGCAAAUUUGGAAAGCAGGGAUUUUGUCCAAACCGGAAACUGAUGAGAAUCUGCUCAGAGACGCCAUUUGCAACAUCAUGGAAGCUUUACAGAGGAAUGUGGAGGCAAAACGUUCGGGUUACAAUAACAACAGCAGGGACAAAUUGGGUAUUUCAAUACCUCUUCCUCAUCUGUUUGCCAUGAACACUUACUGGUACAUUUACAUGAGGACCAGAAACACAGAGCUCGGGAAGCUCUUGGGAGACCAGUACUUGAAAAAGAACUACAAAGUGGUGGCCGAGGAAUCUGCUUACAUGUACCAGAAGCAGGCGUGGGUCCCGCUGGUGAGGAUCUUGGAGCAGGAUGAUCUGGAGAAACAGAGCAAAGAGGCGAAGGUGAGGCUGGUGAGGUUGAAAAUUGAGGCGUUCAUGAAGGGCUUGGACGACAUUUCCAAGAGGCACAAGGGGUUUUGUGUUAUUCCGGAGGUUGACUUGAGGCAGCAGAUUAGAUCGGCUACCUUGAAGCUUGUGAUUCCGGCUUACACUGAGUUCUUGAACUCGUUCUCGGCCGCGUUGCAGGGGACGUCGUAUUUGAGUCCCGAAUCGGUUCAGGAGGUGCUGGGUCAAGUUUUUGACGAUGAGGAUGGGAAGCUUAAGCGCCGUGGUUCUAGGGAUCGGACGGGUGGUGGGAGUUCGGGGAUGGACGGUAAGAUCAAGGACUUUCGACGAUCUAUAUCGAAUACCAGUGACUUGUGA